GGAGGGUCACAGGCACUGCGGGGUGGGCACAGGGGGCACAGGGGGGCGAGGAUGGGGCUGGGUGGACGCGGGGACGCGGGGAUGAGGAGUGGGCACGGACACGGGGGACACACGAGAGGGGGUGGGCAUGGAGGGGCAGGGACACACGGGGGGUCAGGGACACGAGGGGCGUGGGCAUCCAGGGAGGGGGCACACGGGGAGUCAGGGACACGAGGGGGUGAGUUAAAGGGGCAGUGACACGAGGGGACACGGGCACGGUGGUCACGCAGGGACACGAGGGGGUGGGCGCGGACACGGCGGGUACAGGGGGUGGACAUGUGGCAGGGCGGACACGGACGCGAGGGGCUGGGCACGGAGGGACACGGACAGGAAAGGGUGGGCACGGGCACGAAAGGGUGGACAUGGGAGGGGGGACACCGGGGGACACGGGGGACACAGAGGGACACGGAUGUGACACGGUGGACGCGGAGGCGAUGGGGUGGACUUAAAGGGGCAGCGACACGAGGGGAUGGAGACAGGAUGGUCAUGGAGGGACACGAGGGGCGGCCACAGACGCGCGACACAGAGGGACACGGAUGUGACAGAGGGACGUGGACACGACGGGGUGGACACAUGCGAGGGGUUGGGCAUGCGGGGACACGGACACGAGGGGGACACACGGACACGGCGGGGGGACAGACGGAGAGGAAUGGGAGCAGGGAGUCACGGAGGGACUCGGACACCAGGGGGCGGACACGGACACUGUGUGACACGGGGGGACACGCUGUGACACGGGGGGACACGGAGGGGACACGAUGGGGACACGGAGGGACAGGGAUGGACACAGGGGGCGGACGUGGAGGGACACGGACACCGGAGGGGGCUCGGACAUGGGGAGCGGACCCGAGCACGAUGCACUGGGGACACCGAGCUGCAGACACGGGGAGGGGACACCGGGAUGGGGACACCCACCCUGCCAGGGGACACAGCCACAGAGUCCCCCCGGCUCCCACCCGGCCCCCGGGUCCCCUCACACUCGGGGGGUCCCUGUGCGGCCGGGGGGGGGGGUCUGAGUGCCCACACGCGUGUCCCCCACCCCUCGGGUCACCGGGGUCACCGGGACACUCAGCCAGUGCCGGGGGAUGCUCAACCCCCCAGGAAAGGGCCGGGGGUCUGGCAGGGCUCAGGGGGGCCUGACGUGGGGGUGCUGCCCCCCCCCGGGGCCGGCUACGCCCUGGCAGGGUGACACGGGACAGCCGGACCCGCCUGUUCCUCUUCCCCACACCAGGCAGCAGCGGCCGGAGCGCAGGCUCCCGCUGCAGUGCAAGGACCAUGGAGAACCCCGCGGCCCCGCUGCUGCUGCUGCUGCUGCUCCCCGUGACCCCCAUCCUCCUGGUGUCCCCCUGUUUCCCUUUGAUGCUGGACAUUUCCCCUGAGCUGAACCUGACCAACAGGAGCAGCGGCUGUGCCGAGCUGGACUGGAGCCCGUUCCGGGGGCACCGGCGGCUGCUGCUGGGCCACAACGGCAUCGAGGCCCUGAGCCCCUCGGCCCGCCUGGGCCCGCAGCUGGAGGAGCUGGACCUGGCCGAGAACCGGCUGCGGGAGCUGCCCCGCGGCUUCUUCAGCAACGCCACUGGGCUGCGGGUCCUGCGGCUGGAGGGGAACCCGCUGCCCGCCGUGCCCGCCGCCGCCUUCCAGCCCUCGCUGCGCUCGCUCAGCGUGUCCUGCCGCUGCGACGUGCUGGGCACCGUCCUGGAGCCCUGUGCCCGCGGGGGCAUCCUCUGCCAGUGCCUCACCCCGCACGGGCAUCCCUUCAACGCCACGGAAUUCCACGGCCGCGAGUGCGGCCCGGGCGCGGGGCUGGUGGCCGCGCUGGUGGCCGGGCUGGUGGCCGCGGUGGCCGCGCUGGCGGCAGCGGCGGUGGCCGCGCUUUGGUACCGGCGGAGGAGAGCGGCGGCCGCGGUGGGCGGCGGGGGACGGGGGGAGCAGGACCCCGCUGGAAGCGCCCGCCAGCCCCGCUACAUCAGCCGCGACACCGGGAGCGCCGAUGCCAGCGACGGGCCCGACUACGAGAACGUCUUCGUGAGCCCCGGCACGGCCCCGGCUGCCGGGCAGGGAUUGGCACGGGCGUGGCAGGAGCCGCGCUACAGCCCCCAGGUCCUGCUGCACGAGGAUUAUUUCCUGGAGAGCGCGGCCGAUCCCGGGGACCAGCCCAUCUACGCCAACACCCUGGGCCCCAGCGAGGACAUCUACCUCACUCCUGACCCGUGAGGGGCUGGGGGGACCCCGGGGGACACCGGGGGGCCCCUCUGUGUCCCUUUCCCCCGGCGCAGAGGGGACAGGGACAUUCCCCACGUGCGGUUCCCACGCACAUCCUGCGGCAGCGCCUUUUGCGGGUUUUUUCGGGUUUUUUGGCAGCCCCAGCUGGCUCCUUCGCCCCAGUUCUCAGGCGGGGGUGGGGGCUGAGCUGACAUUUCCUCCCGGGGCAGCGGCCACCGACCGCGGGGACGCCUCGGCCGCAUCCGCCGGCAACGGCACCGGAGCGGCGGGGCCGGGGCGCGCCCGGGGCCGGCGGGAGCGGCGGGGCUGACCGCGGCCUCGGCUUCCCCUUUCGAGCCCAGGGAGAGCUCGCCCCGGGCCGGGCUGGCGGUUGGGGACAUCCGGUGCCACCUGCUCAAUCUUCUCCUGCUAAAUCUGCCGCUUUGGGGAACAAGAAAAAUCUCCUUUUUUAAUCCUCCUGGUGAGACCCAUGGGGACACAGGAACCCCAUGGCAUGUCUGGGUGUCCCCCCAGGGACCCCAUGGCUCGUCUGGGUGUCCCCCCAGUCCCUGGGAGGCUUCAGAGUGCCCCAUUAAA